UGCAUGAAUGUGGUGGUUGACUCUUGCAGAAUGGAUGGAGCGGCAACACGCAAAGAACAGAUAUUAUUACUAUCAUCGGAACUACCGCCGGGUGCCCGAUCUAACUGAGUGCUUGGAGGAUGACUACUUAUGCUUCUUUGAAGCUGAGGCACAGUGGAAAAGGGAUAAGAAAGUUGAUGAAGAAAUUGUGAAGAUAAUUCAGGAAAGAAUGGGAGCUUGCCAGCAAAGAGAAGGACAUAGUUUUGUUCAGAACUGUGCACAGGAGAUAAAGCAGUUUGAACAGGUUGCUAAAGCCUAUGAAGACAGAUAUGCUGAUCUUGGUGCAGCAGGAAAUGCUAGAAAAUGUUUAAUGAAGCAGAAACAGAGAAUGAUUGCAGAAAGAAAAGCACAGGCACAAGCAGAAGCCUAAGCUCAAACCCUCACCGUGUAAUAUUUUACGGUUUGAAUACCUUAAAAUACCAAGUCUGCUCAUGUACCUUGAUGCUGAAGCUGGAGUUGUAUCACAUAACUGUACAAUUAAAGCAUUGCAGAGAACAUCUCUGCUAAAUAACUACA